AUGUGGAUUUUAAGUGUGCAGCGACAUACUACGACGGAAUAUCACGAAUUUCAUAUGGGAUUAUGCAAAGAUCUUAGCAAGAAAGUCUUUGUAUGGCAGGAUGGAGAAGCACUUACAUAUUCUCAUUGGGGACCUACAGAACCCUCGAAUCAUGGUGGGAUUGAAGACUGCGGUAGCUUGUCAGCCCUGUUACUUUCACUAGACCCCAGUGUUGAGCCCAAUCCUGGGCCAAUGGAUUUUGUACCAUUUAAAUACGAAUCAGAAAUAGAGAAAUUGUGUGCAUCAAUGUGUGCAUCAAAGACUAGCGAUUCAUUGCUUCGAAAGCUUAAAUUAAUUGCCGAAUGUCCGACGUCAGCCGGCUAUACUUACCAACCAGAAUUGAGAUUGUGUUAUCAAAUAGGCUCCACGAUAACUUCAUGGAAUAAGGCUGCAGACAAUUGCAAUAAGGAUCGAGGACGACUUAUUCACAUUAAAAAUGAGGAAGUCAUGAACUAUCUAAAAACAAUAUUAUCAUGGGCUGUGGCGCAUUCAGGUCAGUAUUAUAUUGGAUCAAGUAGAGAUCUUAACAAGAACGUCUUUGUAUGGCAAACUGGAGAAGCAGUAACAUAUUCUCGUUGGUUUUAUCCUAAUCCCUCUGGUGGAAAUGAACACUGUGUUAGCCUUGUGCCAACCGAAGAUUUCGGAUGGAAUGACGUUCCUUGUCACAACUCGAACAUAGGGUGGCAAAUAUGCGAGAUAGUUGUUCAAUAA